AUGGGCGCGGAGCGCAGGGGGGAGGCGGCCCGCGGGGGCUGCGCCUGCAGCGGCGGCGGCGGCGGCGGCGGCGGCGGAGGAGGCGGCGGCGGCGGCGGCGGCAGCUGGCGGCUCUUCCUCGGCUUCUUCGCGCUGUCGCUGGCGCUGCACGUCCUGACGCUGGGCUGCUACCUGGAGCUGCGCUCCGAGCUGCGCCGCGAGCGGGGCCCGCAGCCCGCCGCCCCGCCGCGCCGCGAUGGCACAGCGGCCGCACCGCCCGCGGCUCCGCCCGCAGCGCGCCCGCAGCGGCCGCCCGAGGGCGCCGAGCGGCGGCAGCAGCAGCAGCAGCUGGCCUUGCUGAACUUCUUUCACCCCGAAGAAAAGCUGCACGUUGGAGAAGAAGGUAGACGUGUCCGGCGAAAUAAAAGGAGUAAAGGCAGCGAGGGGCCAGAUGGUCCAAGUUCAGUUAAAAACAAGAAAAAGGGUAAGAAGGCCGGUCCUCCAGGGCCCAACGGACCCCAGGGGCCACCAGGCCCUCCUGGCCCCCAGGGCCCCCCCGGCAUUCCUGGUAUCCCUGGGAUUCCCGGCACCACCGUCAUGGGACCCCCCGGCCCCCCCGGCCCACCAGGCCCUCAGGGACCGCCCGGGCUGCAGGGCCCCUCAGGUGCCACAGACAAGGCAGGCUCCAGAGACAUCCAGCCAGCUGUGGUCCACCUUCAAGGCCAAGGCUCAGCAAUCCAAGUGAAGAAUGAUCUUUCAGGUGGAGUCCUCAAUGACUGGUCUCGCAUCACUAUGAACCCCAAGGUGUUUAAGCUGCAUGCCCGCAGUGGGGAGCUGGAGGUACUGGUGGACGGCACAUACUUCAUCUAUAGUCAGGUAUACUACAUAAACUUCACAGAUUUUGCCAGCUAUGAGGUGGUGGUGGAUGAAAAACCCUUUCUGCAAUGCACUCGGAGUAUUGAGACCGGCAAGACCAACUUCAAUACCUGCUAUACAGCUGGGGUCUGCCUCCUCAAAGCCAGGCAGAAGAUUGCUGUGAAAAUGGUCCAUGCUGACAUCUCCAUCAACAUGAGCAAGCACACAACUUUCUUUGGGGCUAUACGCCUAGGAGAUGCACCAGCAUCCUAGAUGAACUUGGCAUAUCCAAGGAUACUCACAGAACUGCACAGUGCUGCUGUUCAUAAGCGUAUCAGUAUUUCAGGGGGUUCUGUAAUCCGGCCAUAAAGAAAACUGAUCCAGAGCUAUUUAUUCCUAUAUGUGAAUGCAGGAAGCACAAUGUCUUCUGUGACUCGCAUGGAGACUUGGAUCAAAAAGCUAGCCGAAAAAGCGUUGUGAGGAAGAAGGGCUGUUGUGUCUGCCUUGUCUCAGUAUUUCAAGUAUUACUGCACUGAUAUUCUGCUCUGUGAUCUUCACAUGAGGCUUGUUGAGAGUGAUGUGGGUCUCUGCUUCUAUGUUGCACUAGCAAGAGCAUCCCAGGCAGUAGCAGGAGAAGAUAGACGUCUGUCGAAAUGGUCCUGUCUAGGCACUCCUGCUUCUGCCAGCUGACGAAAGCAAGAAAUGGGGUUUCUGGUUUGCUGCCUUCUCGGUUCGCACUGGGAUGGCAGCAUGGUGCGAAGGGAGGUGAAUAGGACAGAGUCAGUGGUGUUUACAUUCAUCCUCAGGAGUGUGAGAAAGGAAGGCGAAGAGCUUGAAAGCAGGCUGCAAAAGCAGUAUGUCUGAGAGGAAGCUAAACACUUAAUAGAGCAGGCUUAGCACAGAGAAAACUGCCUCUACAUUCCAGAAAUUGCAAAGUCCCAAAGAUAAAGAUGAUCCCAGUUCCAGAGCCUCUGCUACUUUCAGCUCCUGCCAUUACCCCAGAGGUGUACACUGCCCUAACGGGGGCUGCCUUAAAGUACUGCUGCUGUUACAGCAAUUUGUGUUUUUGUUUUGUUUUUUUGGUUUGGUUUGUUGGUUUUUUUUGUUUGUUUUUUUUUUGGUCUUUUUAAUUAAUGUGUUGCAAACCAGAACACAUUUCUACAGGCUUCACAGAGCCAUGUAGAGCAGACAAAAGUACUUG